ACGUUUGCUUAUAGCGAACGCCGUACAGCGUACACGGCAUUACAACUUUACAACAGAAUUUGAAUACAAAUUCCUAGUUUAAUGGUUCAGCAUAAUGGUUAAGCACAGAAAGACGACCGUUCAGUAUAGACAUGGAAAUAAUAACGAAUCUAGUUCGAGUUCGGGUGCGAGCGAGAGUUCCAUCGCUAGCCGGACGUUUCACCUGUUAUCUAUAUGGAAGACUGGUGUUGGAGUGAUGUGCUUUGUUAUAGCUGUUUACGUGGGCACUUUGGGCUACCUGGAGACGAGAGUAAACACGCCGCUCGACGAGGAAAAGGUAGUACAAGAGUCAGGACUCGCAGUGCCAGAGAGGUACUGGGGUACAUACCGUCCCGGAGUGUACUUUGGUCUCAAGAGUCGAGAGCCACGGUCACCUGUGUUUGGUAUUAUGUGGUAUGAGUUGGCUGCAGCAGCUCAUAAGGGGAUUAGACACUGGUGCGAACAGAGUGACGAUCUGCCGACAUACGGAUGGCUGAGGCAUGACGGUGUCAACUUCGGGGAACAGCUUGUGUCCGACCCACCUCAUGAUAUCCACACCUCCUUUAUUACAACCCCUGGAGGGGAAUACGGUGGACAUUGGACUGCUCGUAUUAAUAUCACUGUUUCGGGUAAAGACAACACGCCGAUUGUGUUGAUCUGGUACGCAGCCUUGGACGAGUCGAUGGGGCCAGAUGAGCAUUCGUUGCUCUGGGCUGAGCAUGGGGCCAUUCGGGGACAUACUCCAUCUCUGGGCAACUUUAAGGUGCACCUAGUGCCCUAUUCAGGCAAGCUUAUCCACACAUCAUACUCCGAAGCCCACUCGCCAGGUCUCCAACUCCUCAAGGAGAAGUUCUACUCUCUACUGAAGGUGGAGAGAAACCCUCACUUCGGAAGGCUGACUGUCCUCGGUUCUGAUGAUGAACUGAAGGAUAAGGAAAAGGGAAUCAACUUUGUCCCUAUACAAAUGCUGCUAGAGACGCCCUUUGUCAUGGACGUUGUUUACACGACAGAAGAUCUGCCUACUCCGCCCCUAAAAGGCGAGGAAUACACGAAGGCCCUUGAGGGUCUCAAGAAGGGCUUCGAUGACAGGUUUGAACAGGAGUUCAAGUUGAAAGAGAGAGGUUACUCAGACGAAGACGUGUCAAUAGCCAAAGCGGCUAUGUCGAACAUGAUCGGCGGUAUCGGUUACUUCUACGGGGCGAGUCGAGUGCAAUCACAAUACACCAAGGAGCCAGUUCCAUACUGGAGGGCGCCGCUGUAUACAGCUGUGCCUAGCAGGUCAUUCUUUCCCCGAGGCUUCCUCUGGGACGAGGGUUUCCACGGCCUGCUGAUUGGUCGCUGGUCUCCUGAGAUCAUGCUGGACAUAGCGGCGCACUGGAUGGACCUCAUCAACGUCGAGGGCUGGAUACCAAGGGAACAGAUUUUGGGAGCGGAGGCAUUAGCGAGAGUCCCCAAGGAGUUCGUGGUCCAGAGCAACGCGGCCGCAAACCCUCCCAUUUUGCUGCUGCAGAUCGCGAACCUCGUCAAGAGAAGACCCGAGCUGUUCCAGCAGAACAAAUACAGGAGCCUGCUGGACCGGAUGUUCCCCAGGUUGCAGGCGUGGUACCAGUGGUUCCAGACAACCCAGAAGGGUGAAGAACCCACGUCAUACAGAUGGCGCGGCAGAGAAGACGAUGGUCUACAGCUGAAUCCUAAAACCCUUACGUCUGGACUCGAUGACUACCCGAGAGCGUCACACCCAUCAGAUAUAGAGCGCCAUGUAGACCUGCGUUGCUGGAUGUACGCAGCGGCGGAUGCUAUGGCCACAAUCGCUCAAGCCCUGGAUCGGGAUACCGAGAAGUUCGAAGCGAUGCGUGACCAGCUCGGUGAUGAGGAUCUGCUGAAUGAGUUGCACUGGUCUCCCCACACGCAGACGUAUGCCGAUUAUGGUUUACACACGGAUGGGGUACGAUUCGUCAGACAGCACAAGAAGAAUCAGCAGGAAGGUUCGAAGAUUGUUCGCAGUGUGACCAUCGCGCCGCAACCGAGGCUCGUGACCUCUGCUUUCGGUUACGUAUCACUGUUCCCGAUGCUGCUAAAGGUGUUAAAACCAGAAAGCGACAAGCUAGGCAAAAUAUUGGAGAUGCUCGACAAGCCCGAUCUAUUGUGGUCGCCGUAUGGGUUAAGAUCCCUGUCGAAGAUGUCCCCGCUGUACAUGAAGCGCAACACGGAGCACGACCCGCCGUACUGGCGCGGCCAGGUGUGGGUCAACGUGAACUACCUCGCGCUGUCCGCGCUGCGCCACUACGCGGCCGAGCGCGGCCCGCACGCGGCGCGCGCCGCCGACCUGCGCGCGCGCCUGCGGGACAACCUCGUCGGUAACCUCCUGUCGGAGUACAAGCGCACGGGCUACCUGUGGGAGCAGUACUCGGGCGAGGACGGGCGCGGUAGUGGCUGCAAGCCCUUCACCGGCUGGACCGCUUUACUAACCCUCAUCAUGGCGGAUGAGUACUAGACACAUAGUAUGAGAUCCGGCAUAAGAAAUAUAUAUCCUCAUCUCCUUAAUGAAAAUGAUCCAGUACGUAUGUAAGAUAAACGCCGAUAAACUGUCACGCAGUUUGGCAGAUUAUGAAAUUGUACAGUAUUUGGUCAAAUAAAAAAUUUAUGUUAAAAAAAAUACAUAUAUCGACAUGUUCUGUAGUGGUGCUAG